AUUCGAUUUGUCAGACUUAUCAAAAUGUCAGGUGUGACACACGUGAUCGACAGUGGCCGAAUUCUUUGAGAGACCAUACUAAGGACUUCAAAUUUAAUUAUAAGAAGUGCAGGAGUAGUCCGAUGAUUUUAUAAACUGCAGUCGUAUUUUUCGAUUUAACCGCAAUGCAGAAUUUCAGCUGCGAGGAAUUUACAGGGCUAUUGAGAAGUUCGUUUGUAGGGAGGAAGAUUAUUUAUAAGGAUGUCACAGAUACUACGAUGGAUGAUGCCAAACUUGGGGGACUGCAAGGUGAUCCCCAAGGAACCAUUUACAUAUCAGAAAUUCAGAACAAGGCCCGAGGGACCAAAGACCAUAAGUGGGUUGCACUCAACAGAGGAAACCUCUACCUGUCAAUGGUGAUCCACUUGCCCCCUCCCAUCCCCCACAAAUCAAACGUACAAACUUAUUUAGAGAGAUAUGAUUUGGAGGUGGUUGGAGCCUUAGCCUUGAUACGCACACUACAUGAAAUGUCAAUACCAGGAGCUUGUCUGAAAUGGCCAAAUGAUGUCUGGGUCAAAGGUCAUAAAAUUGCAGGUUUUCUGGCAGAACAUGGUGGUCCACUACCUGGGUCCAAAGAGGACAAGCACCUUUUUGUUUUGGGAAUGGGAAUCAAUGUCAAUUCCGACAUGCGACGGAAUCCAGAUCUCGUUGGAAUCGCCACCAGUAUACGCUGUGAGAAUGGUGGGGUUGUUUCAAGUCGAGAGAAAGUUCUCGCCGAGGUCUGUAACAAGGUGGAGUUUUAUCUGGGCCUCAGUCAUGAAGACCUAUUCCAAGAGGCUUCCAAGUUCCUUUUGUUUAGGGCCGAGCAGAAGGUCAGAGUUCAGCCCGUUCUGGGCGGGAAGAUGUUUUCGGCUACAGUAGAGGAAUUACAGGAGGACUGGUGCAUCAUUGUGAGAGACACCAAUGGACAACAGGUGAGAUGCUAUUCCCAUGACCAUUCACUGCGACCCAUGCCAUCCAGCGCCAUCUACAUCUACAGUGGGAGAAUGGCCGAUUCCUGGAAGGCGCGCCUUAUUCUUAAUUCUCUAAAGUCUGUGGUGGAUACCUCACAGUUCUUUGUGGAUGCCCUUAACGACGAAAAACUGGCAGAGGGAGUAUGGCAGAAGGAUGCUGUUUUGAUGGUUAUUGGAGAGCUAAACCCAAAGGAAUCAAAAGCUGUAGAAAACUUUGCACCCAUUCAAAAAUUCACAGCCUCCGGGGGAUCUGUACUGUUGAUCAAAAGCAAGACGGAGCAAAUAUUUCCCAAUAUAGUUUUGCCAGCUCAACCAUUGGAACAAAGUGGUCCUUUGAGUGAAGUCUACUUCUGUGAUAAAAACUUUACUGCUCUUACCAUGGGGAGUGCUUUGACCUUUAAUCCUGAUGCAGAGUCAGAGGUCAUAGGUCAAUACAACAGCCAUGACAGUGGUUCACCAUCAGCAGUUCUUGUGAAAGUCGGUGCUGGUAAAUGUGCUGUGUUAGGAUUCAACAUAGAGAUAACAUACAAUGAUGUAGACACAGUUUCUAACCUCACUGAAAUAGACAAGAUAUCAGACUCUCUCUCUAAAACCAUUGUCACUAGAGAUGAUUAUCUAAACUAUGUAAUUUCAUUUUUAAUCAAAAGGUAGACUUUGUACAAAACUGUGGAUGUACAUUUUAGGAAACUUUUAAUGAAUUGGACAGUAGGUAAAGAUUAUCUGAAUUUUAAUUGGGCAUGUCUAGUACUGAUCAUUGUGUGAAAUUUGCAAAUGCAUAUAUACAAAUCAAUCUGCAAGUUUAAUACAUAGAUAACGGUUGUAAUAAACAUAUAGUAUUAUAGAAA